AUGGAAUUAAUUGACGAAGAUUUUAAUGUAUUUCAAAAUGCUGUUGAGAAAAAUUCUUUUGGUGAAGAAAAUUUUCAAAAUGCACUCUAUGAUUGUUUCUCUUAUUCAGGUAAUGAAAUCGACUGUACAGCAUUUGUUAAUCUUUAUGCUAAAUUUGGUAUAAUCAUUAUGAAACUUGUGAAUAUGCUAGAAUCAUCGAAAAAUUCUUAUGAUGAUCAUAUGCGGAACUAUUUUGAUGAUACUAAACGAAUAUCAGAUCAAGAUGUUAUUGAAAACUUAUCAUCUGAUCAUAACUAUAUAGAUGAACUUGAUAAAAAUCAUAUUUUUCAAUAUUUACUUAAUCUUAGUUGUGCGAAAGAGACACAAUCAUCGUUAUCGGAAGUAGAAUUAAUUACUGAAAAAGAUCUUGACAAAGAAUUUGAUAAUGAACUUUAUAAUAUUAAUAAGAAAUCAAUUCUAUUUCUUAAAAGAAGUUAUUUUCUUAACGAAGUUCGAACAGUUUUUAGUAAUUGUGUCUGA